GAAGAGAAAGAGAGAGAGAGAGAGAGGGAGAGAGGAACCGCCGACUAAUAAUAGCAUUACUCUCUUAUAACAUCAACUCCUUUUCCUCUCUGCCUCAUAUAACUCUGUAUAUCAUUUCUUGCCUCCGCCUCUUUCCAAUCUCUUUCAUCUUUCCUUAGAAUUUCCUUUAAACUCUUGAUUUUUCUUGCCCAUGGCUUCACCCUCGCAAGCUAGCCUCCUUCUUCAGAAACAGCUCAAAGAUCUGUGCAAAAACCCAGUGGAUGGAUUUUCGGCUGGUUUGCUGGAUGAAAGCAACCUGUUUGAAUGGAGUGUUACUAUAAUUGGGCCACCUGAUACGCUAUAUGAAGGAGGUUUCUUCAAUGCUAUUAUGAGCUUCCCUCCAAAUUACCCAAACAGUCCUCCAACAGUGAGAUUUACUUCUGAGAUUUGGCAUCCUAAUGUUUACCCAGAUGGGAAGGUCUGCAUUUCAAUUCUUCAUCCCCCAGGAGAUGAUCCAAAUGGCUAUGAGCUUGCUAGUGAGCGAUGGUCACCCGUUCACACGGUGGAGAGUAUAGUUCUAAGCAUCAUAUCAAUGCUCUCAAGUCCUAAUGAUGAGUCUCCUGCUAAUGUUGAAGCUGCUAAGGAAUGGAGAGAACGGAGGGAUGAUUUCAAGAAGAAAGUUAGUCGUUGUGUAAGACGGUCACAAGAAAUGCUGUAAACAAAACGCGGAUGCUGCCUCAAGCUAUUUUCCAAAAGAAAAAAGAAUCUGGUGUCAACUUGAAGAAUUUGGCUUCCUUUGAGUUACCAACUUGUGCAAACAGUACAAUUUUAUAAUGAUCAUAUCUUAUGUUCUCCAAAUGCUUCUUUGUGUUUCUGCCUAUUCUGUUAAAGUCGUUUAAGUAGAACCCGGCUCAUGAACAAUGAACGUCUGUGGGGAUAUUGUUUUUGACUGCUGGUGGUCGCCCUUUGCUGCCCUUAGACUAUGUAAUUGUUGACUACAAGUUUUCUUUUUUCCUUUUAUAUACUGUUUUACAGCGUGUAUAUUUCAUCAAUGUGGCAUCCGUUGUUUCAAAUUACUAAGGAUAUAUCAUUAUUUCUU